AUGGCGUCGUCUCCUGCGCCCCGCACCACGCCUUCGCGCUCAUCUCCAUGGCAGUACAAGGCACACACCGGCGCCCCCGCCACUAAGCCCACCGACGGCAUCUCCGAGAAGGUAGCAGCGAACCACCACCAGAAGACCACGUCUGCCAUCCUAGUACAGGCAGCCCCAGUGAACAUUCCUCGGACCAAAAAGACCUCUUUGCAAGAACAAGGAGUCUUUGGAAGCAUACUCUUGCACAAGGGCAGCGGCAGGAGCAUGGCUGAAAAGAAGAGCUAUCCACAACUGAAUGAGGGGAUCAUGUCAUCCCUCUCAAAGCGAUCGGUUGCUAUGCACCUUCCUAGCAUGACCUUGAGAUAG